UGGGUGGGGCUCGCUGUUUACGGUGGCCUCGCGGGUACAACUCCGUUCUACUGGUGAGCGCGCAAGUCACCUCUCUGCCUCUCCUCGCUCCCUAACCUGCACCGGAGCAACCGGAGACAUUGGGAGAGGUCGCAAAAUUCGGAAAGCCCCCAAACAUGGGAAACCAGUCACCAUUCAUGAACUGCUGAUAGUUUGACACUACAUCUGAUAAAUACUAAUACUUUUCAAGUGUCCACAGAAGCCCCAGACGUCUCUACCUGCUUUGCCUAAAUAACACUACAGCCAUGUAUGGAAGUUCACGCUCUGUUGGCAAGGUGGAAUCCAACAGCCAGAGCCCUGGGCGGUCCCCACGACUGCCGCGCUCGCCACGAUUAGGCCACCGUCGCACUAACAGUUCUGGUGGGAGUGCUGGAGGAGUACCAGGGGGUGGCAGUGGGAAAACACUAUCCAUGGAGAACAUCCAGUCUCUGAAUGCAGCCUAUGCCACUGCAAGCCCAAUGUACCUGAGUGACCAUGAAAAUGUAGGAGGAGACACUCCAAAGAGUACUAUGACCUUAGGCCGCUCUGGCGGACGGCUGCCCUAUGGGGUGAGGAUGACUGCCAUGGGAAGCAGUCCUAACAUUGCCACCAGUGGUGUGGCCAGUGACACAAUUGCAUUUGGCGAUCACCACUUAACUCCUGUGAGCAUGGCAUCUACAGUCCCCCAUUCUCUGCGCCAAGCAAGGGACAAUACCAUCAUGGACCUUCAAGCCCAACUCAAAGAGGUUCUACGUGAAAAUGAUCUGCUGCGUAAAGACGUGGAAGUGAAGGAGAGCAAACUUAGCUCAUCCAUGAACAGCAUCAAGACUUUUUGGAGUCCUGAACUAAAAAAGGAACGAGCUCUACGUAAAGAUGAAGUGUCCAAAAUCUCUGUAUGGAAGGAGCAAUAUCGGGUUGUUCAGGAGGAAAAUCAGCACCUACAAAUGACCAUCCAAGCUAUGCAGGAUGAGCUGCGAAUCCAGCGGGAUCUCAAUCAGUUAUUUCAGCAGGAUAGUGGGAAUCGUCCCAAAGAGCCUUUUACCGGAGAUCUUACAGAGGAAAACUUCCGCUUACUACAUACAGAGCAUGACCGCCAGGCAAAAGAAUUGUUCCUUCUGCGCAAGACUUUGGAGGAGAUGGAACUGCGAAUCGAAACUCAGAAGCAAACCCUAAAUGCAAGAGAUGAGUCCAUUAAGAAGCUGUUGGAGAUGCUUCAAAGCAAGGGCAUCUCCUCCAAAGUAAUGGAUGAAGACCACGAGAGGACGAGAAGGCUGGCAGAGGCAGAGAUGCAUGUAUAUCACCUUGAAAGCCUUCUUGAUCAGAAAGAAAAGGAGAACAGCAUCCUCCGAGAGGAGAUGCACCGGCGCUUUGAAAAUGCUCCAGAUUCUGCCAAAACUAAAGCCCUUCAGACCGUUAUCGAGAUGAAGGAUUCUAAAAUCACAUCUAUGGAGCGAGGUCUUCGGGACAUGGAGGAGGAGAUCCAGAUGCUCAAAUCUAAUGGAGCUCUUAGUACAGAAGAACGUGAGGAAGAGAUGAAGCAGAUGGAAGUUUAUCGCAGCCACUCUAAGUUUAUGAAGAACAAGGUAGAGCAACUGAAAGAGGAACUGAGCGCAAAAGAGAGUCAGGUGGACGACUUGAGGAAGAAGGUGUCAGCUCUGCAGCCCGAGCUGUCUAGUAUCGGACAGGUGAAACAAGAGCUUUCCCGUAAAGACACCGAACUGCUGGCUUUACAGACUAAAUUAGAGACCCUGACCAACCAGUUCUCUGACAGUAAACAGCAUGUGGAGGUCCUCAAAGAAUCUCUGACUGCAAAGGAGCAGCGAGCAGCUAUUUUACAAACUGAGGUGGAUGCUCUCCGUUUGCGCUUGGAAGAAAAAGAGACCAUGUUGAACAAGAAGACAAAGCAGAUUCAGGAGAUGUCAGAGGAAAAAGGCACGUUGUCUGGGGAGAUCCACGACCUGAAAGAUAUGCUGGAUGUAAAGGAGAGGAAAGUCAAUGUAUUGCAGAAGAAGAUUGAAAACCUCCAGGAGCAGCUACGAGACAAGGAGAAACAGCUGAGUAGCUUAAAGGAGCGUGUGAAAUCCCUGCAAGCGGACACCUCCAACACAGACACUGCUCUGACCACUCUGGAGGAGGCACUAGCUGAGAAGGAGAGAAUCAUUGAACGUUUGAAAGAUCAGCGAGAUCGCGAUGAGCGAGAAAAGAUGGAAGAGCUAGAAUCCUACAAGAAAGAAUUGAAGGACCUUAAGGAGAAAGUCAGCAUCUUACAAGGAGACCUGUCUGAGAAAGAGUCUUCACUCCUGGACCUGAAGGAGCAUGCUUCAACCCUGGCUUCGUCAGGUCUUAAGAAGGAUUCCAGGUUGAAGACCUUGGAGAUUGCUCUGGAUCAGAGAAAGGAAGAAUAUUUGAAGCUGGAAAAUCAACUGCGGAAGCACACUGAUGGUGCCCCCCUCUCUGGGAAAGCAGCUCAAGAGUCUGCUCUAGAUGCCAAGUCCAGCCAAGAGGUGAACGAGCGUGUCCAGCAGCUGGAGAAGGAGGUAUCAAGGUUGCGUGAUGAUGUUGGAAAGUCUCAGAGUGAGGUGGACCGGUUGCUUGAGAUCUUGAAAGAGAUGGAGAAUGAAAAGAACGAGAAGGAUAACAAGAUUGCAGAGCUGGAGAGGCAAAUUAAGGACCAGGGUAAAAAAGUAGCAACUCUUAAACACAAGGAGCAAGUGGAGAAGAAAAAGAAUGCACAGCUCCUGGAAGAGGCUAGAAGGAGAGAGGACAACCUGACUGACAGCUCUCAACAACUGCAGGAUGUUAUGCGCCAGAGAGAUGAUCGUAUAGAAGAAUUAGAAGAAGCACUACGAGAGAGCGUGCAAAUCACAGCAGAGAGGGAAAUGGUGCUGGCUCAAGAGGAAUCUUCAAGAAACAAUUACCAGAAACAGGUGGAGGAACUAAUGAUGGCGAUGGAGAAGGUGAAACAAGAACUUGAGUCCAUGAAAGCGAAGCUGUCUUCCACCCAGCAGUCUCUGGCAGAGAAAGAGGUGCAUCUUACCAGCUUGCGGGCCGAGAGACGCAAACACCUGGAGGAAGUUCUAGAGAUGAAGCAGGAAGCCCUUUUGGCCGCCAUUAGCGAGAAAGAUGCAAACAUAGCUCUGCUGGAACUUUCGUCCUCUAAGAAGAAGAAAACGCAAGAUGAAGUAGCAUCACUGAAGAGAGAAAAAGACAGGCUGGUGCAACAGCUCAAACAGCAGACGCAAAACAGGAUGAAACUCAUGGCAGAUAACUACGAAGGAGACCAUCUGAAGUCUUCUGCCCACUCCAACCAAACUAACCACAGGCCCUCCCCAGAUCAGAUGAUCCAGCCCCUCAUAGACCUUAACCAGAACCGCAGCAAGCUCAAACUCUACAUCGGGCACCUGACUUCUCUCUGCCAGGACAGAGACCCCCAAAUACUCCACGAGCUCCACCCUCCGGCAUCCUACCACCUGGAAGACGACCAGGCAGCUUGGGAGCAGAGGCUGCAGAAGAUGACAACAGACCAACUACAUGAGGAGCUGGAGAAAUGUGAGCGGGAAAGUGCAGACCUACAAGAGUUUGCAAAUGCCAUCUUGCAGCAGAUUGCUGAUCACUGUCCUGAUAUACUCGAGCAAGUAGUCAAUGCCUUGGAAGAAUCAUCCUGACCUCGCACUGCACAGGAAAGAGGGUACUGCCUAAGACCCUAGCUGGACAUUGUUUUUGCCUACGAUAUUCCCCUUCACCUCACUUCUGCCUUGGAGAAGGGACCUGCACGUUCAGCCUUGCACUGCCCGUUAGCUCUCAAUGCUGUUUGACCGUUUCUGGAGAUGGCAUGAGCUGACACUUCUCACACCGUUCUGGGGGCUGAAGUGGGAUCCCUCAGGACCAAAUUCAUUUUAAUUCUUUUUUUUAUUUCUUUUUAUUUUUUUUGUGGGGGGGGUGGAGGCAGCAAUCACAUAUCUUGUGUUUGUGUAUCUCUAAAAGUGGACUUUUAAAACAAAUGCAAUAAGUGAAAACCAUAUUUUUGAUCGUGGAGGGACAAGAUCUGCAGAAACUAUUUGCUGUGUAUACAAAUUGUUACAGAGGUUUCCUUUUAAUCAAAAGAGAUCAUUUCCGAUGAUUCUGACCAACACUACAUUGUUUAAAAAAACAGUCCACAUAGCUAGAACGUUUCCUUUCCGUACCCAUUCUUACUGGUUAUAGAUACAGUCUAAAUCUCAAAAUCACUUUUAUUUUAAUGAAGUAAUUUGAGGUAUACAUACAGCCCCUGCAACCUUGCAAAUUAAAUGAAAAAGGGCACAUUUUACAUUUUGCCAUUUACCCACAUUAUAGUGGCCAUCAUCCAGACACAGGCUUUAGGGGCUCUGGACUGAAAUAUGUUCAGUUAUUCAAUUUCUUUAAUGUCUAGUGUUAGCAGCUAUUGGCCAGAGGUCCAUUAGUCUCAAUAUCCCUCAUUUUUAAUUAUCUUUGCUAUCCCUUGAUAUCCCUUUAUCCAAUCUGCCUAUUUAUAGGCCCACACCACUUAGAUCAUCAUUCUGUUGGUGUGUGCUUACUUCAUAUUUUUUUUUAGAAAUCUAGUUAUUUGUAAUACAAAGGUCAAGCAAGUGUUUUACGUAUUCAUUCCCAUUCUACUAACAAUAGUUACCUGCCUUCUUUCUCUCUCUUUUUGAGUUUGCUCUUUGCUAGUGAAAUGCUGUGAGAAUGUAUCAGUGUUUGCCUACCUUUUCAAAGACCUGGAAUCCUCUAACCAGAAUGUUAAAGGUCCUGCCAGAAUCAUUAUAUUAAUCUCUCUGUCACCAAUCUUUGAGAAUUUGUUGGAAACAGGAGAUCUGAGGUUGAGUCUUUGAAUGCCUAAUUCCUACUGUUCUAACUCACUGCCAAUUCAACUCGUAGGUGUUUUUCAUAAGUUUAAAGGACUUUCAACCGACGACCACUUCUGUAUUAUAAAAUGCGGACUAACAGCAUUGUUAUCUUUACAAUAUAAUUUGAUUAUUCCAACCUAGGAUGGAUUUUUGGGCAGAUCCUGCCUUUGAGCCAGGUAUUUUACCCUAGUUUAAAACAGACCAUCCAAUCCCAAUAGCACAGCCAUGGUGCUUCAUUACCUGCAAUCUAUAAGUCUAUUUUCUAAGCUUUCAACUCUACAUGCAGUCAAAUACUGAAUAUUGUACUUGUUUAUCCUUAAAACCAAAUUACCUCCCAGCUUAAGUUCCACUAAUUUAUGACCCUUACAUUCUGCCCUGUACUGUUGCUCACCCAUAAUGUUUCUUGGAAAAGGAUCCUCUGCCUCUGAUAACCUCAGGAAUUCAAUUAAUUAUACAGAACUCGUCAAAUUCCUAUAAGACAAGAGGUCUAGAGGGGAUCAGGAAAAGACCUUAAACUAAGAGGCUGAUGUGGGAAAGAAAAUCUCUCUGCUAAACUGCAUCAUCUAGCUUCCUGUGUUACUGGAAAGCUGUGUGAAUGUGAUUGGAGGUUUGAACUUAUCCAGUCUUUUUACAUUACGCUGUCCAUAGCUGAGGGCAAAGAUUUUUAGCUGUCAUCUAGAUCGUUUCUAAAAAUUUAUUUUAAAAAUUGGUAAAAGAAAAUUUGAGAAGGUUUUACCUUUUUUUUUUUUUUUUUGG